UCCGGACUGUAGAUGCUUUUUGUUUGGGGUAACGGCUGCACGUAGGGAAGAUCGUCCGGCCAGUGGUCUGUGCUCCGCCUACUCCCGGCCGUCAUCAUGCACAUGGCCUCAACAGUCGACGGAAUGGGUCAAUUCGAUUCGCAAAUGGAACGCCUCACGAACUCAUUGAGAUGCUGGCGUAUUCAGCAUAAAUACCCGACUGCCUUCCAGAUCAGCGCUGGAUCAUCAUUACACCAUGCUCCUCUCGGCGCUCAACUUCGCUCUCCUCUCGACCCUCUUCACGGGCUCAACUGAAGCCUUCUGGCGCUUGCCAUGCAACAAGCCAAUUGUCACCGAACGAAUCGAUCCGCUUGUUUCUCCGGGCGCAGUCUCGGGCCAUGUCCAUUCUGUCAUGGGUUCCUCGGGCCUGAACUUUACUACGACCUUUGAGGGCCUUCGCGCGGGUGACUGCACCACAUGUAUGGUCAAGCAAGACAUGUCCGUCUAUUGGGUCCCGACGCUAUACUACGCAGCGGAAAACGGCAGCUUCUUCCCCGUGUCGCAAGUUGGCGGUGUAACAGCUUACUACCUCCAACGCUACGACUCCCAGAACUCUGCCACCUACUCCAACCUCACCGCCUUCCCCGACGGGUUCCGCAUGCUCGCCGGUAACCCAUUCCUCCGAUCCUUCAACUCAUCGAGUCCAGCGCAACAGGCUGUGACAUACAACUGCCUCAAUGGCUCCACUCCUGCCCCUCAGACGCACGGGUUUCCCACGAACAAUUGCCCCUCCGGUCUUCGUGCCCAGAUCUUCUUCCCGUCGUGCUGGGAUGGCGUGAAUCUCGAUUCGGCUGAUCACAAGUCACAUAUGGCAUACCCCGACGGCGUCGACGUCGGCAGUUGUCCCGACUCGCACCCAGUCAAGCUCAUCUCCCUCUUCUACGAGGUCAUCUGGAACGUGAACGCAUUCGCUGAUCAGUGGUACGGUGAUUCCCAGCCUUUCGUCUGGUCAAUGGGAGAUCCCACUGGUUACGGGUACCACGGAGACUUCAUCAACGGAUGGGACAACAGCGUUUUGCAACAGGCUGUAGAUGAGUGUACCGCCGACUCCGGCCUCAUCGAGGACUGUAGCGUCUUUGAUCUCUACACCAACCAGGAGACACGUACCUGCUCCAAUGCCGUCCAAGUGGACGAGCAAAUAGAUGGUGAACUCUCCGCUCUCCCCGGCUGCAACCCCGUCCAAUACGGUCCCAACAACGCAGUGCCGCAGACUGGCUGCGGCGCAACCACACAAACUAGCGGCUCCAGCAAGGUCCUCGAUUCAUUCCAGUUGGUCUUCGCCAACCAGACAGGUGCAACAAACGCCGGGGAUUACAUCACCUACACCGCCCUGGACAGCUUUUCCCCCGAUGACUGUUCGCAGUUUUGCUACAGCGUGAGCGGUUGUAACUUCUUUAACCUCUGGUUGGGUCAGAAUGUUAAAGACGGGUCAUACUCGUACACCUGCUCCCUCUACCAACAGGGACACAAUGCGACCGAGUGUGUGAACAAACAGGUCGGAAACGCCAAGUGCGUCCGUUCAGAUGGUUAUGUUCGAAGGUCAUAAUUACGAUACAGAUACCCAGAUAUAGAGAAGCGAA